AUGCCAUCCGAAGGAAGCACGAGGACUGGGAUACUGCCGGGUCGCACAAGCCUAGACAGGGGAAGUCGAGUGGCAGAAGUCGGGUUCGAACCGCGGACCUUCCGGUGCAAGACGCAUGUCGAAAAAACCAUUCAGUUUUACCAUGAGACAAGCACAUACAUGACAGUACUUCCAUAUAAUUCCACGCGCGUAGAAGCAUUCUGCAGUGAUCAUCAUCAUCGACAGCAUGACAUCAGUGUUCAACACCGAUGCUUCACUGCCGUACAACCACGACCUAUUUGA